GACCGAGGGGCGGGGAGGACGGGCCUGGGCGGAGCGGGAGGCGGAGGCGCCGCGUAGGCCCGGAAUCCCGGGCCGCCCGGCUUGGAGCCCGCGUCCCAUGUGCUGCCGCCUCCCACCACGAUGUUCCCCUCCCGGAGGAAAGCGGCGCAGCUGCCCUGGGAGGACGGCAGGUGGGAUAUUUCCCCAUGUCCAUCUCCUUGGUCUCCACCUGGCCCCCAGAAAGAUCCCCAAGGGCGAGACAGAAUCUCUAGAGGUACCAGCCUUCCCAGGCCACUGGCAGGAUUGGGCUCUUCUCCUCCCCACCGGAAACCCCCACCACAUGACAAUGGGGGGUCCAGGUUGCUCCCCGGUAGCCUCCCCCGCAAAUGCUCUGUCUUCCACCUCUUCGUUGCCUGUCUCUUCCUGGGCUUCCUUUCCCUGCUGUGGCUACAGCUCAGCUGCUCUGGUGAUGUGGCCCAGCCAGCUAGGGGCCAAGGUCAGGAGACCCUGGGCCCACCACGGGCCUGUCCCCCAGAUCCACUCCCUGAGCACUGGGAAGAAGACGUGUCGUGGGGCCCCCACCGCCUCGCAGUGCUGGUGCCUUUCCGCGAACGCUUCGAGGAGCUUCUGGUCUUCGUGCCCCACAUGCACCGCUUCCUGAGCAGGAAGAAGAUCCAGCACCACAUCUAUGUGCUCAACCAGGUGGAUCACUUCAGGUUCAACCGGGCGGCCCUCAUCAACGUGGGCUUCCUGGAGAGCAGCAACAGCACGGACUACAUUGCCAUGCACGACGUGGACCUGCUCCCUCUCAACGAGGAGCUGGACUAUGGCUUCCCUGAGGCUGGGCCCUUCCACGUGGCCUCCCCGGAGCUCCACCCGCUCUACCACUACAAGACCUAUGUCGGCGGCAUCCUGCUGCUCUCCAAGCAGCACUACCAGCUGUGCAACGGGAUGUCCAACCGCUUCUGGGGCUGGGGCCGUGAGGACGAUGAGUUCUACCGGCGCAUCAAAGGAGCCGGGCUCCAGCUUUUCCGCCCCUCGGGAAUCACAACUGGGUAUAAGACAUUUCGCCACCUGCAUGACCCAGCCUGGCGGAAGAGGGACCAGAAACGCAUCGCGGCUCAAAAACAGGAGCAAUUCAAGGUGGACCGGGAGGGAGGCCUGAGCACCGUGAAGUACCAUGUGGAUUCCCGAACCACCCUGUCUGUGAGUGGAGCCCCCUGCACUGUUCUUAACAUUAUGUUGGACUGUGAUAAGGCUGCCACCCCCUGGUGCACAUUUGGCUGAGUUGGCUGGACAGAAGGAAGCCUGUGCCUAUUGGCCAUACUGCUGCCCAGGCCCGGGACAGAGCCUCGGACCCCAGGCCCAGCUCCAACAGGAUGUGAAGUAGCCUGAAGCAGCAGACAGCAAGCCAUGUGUUGGCAGUAACCCAGCCCCCAAAGACAGGCUUGAGUCAGGACAGAAAACACAUAUGGUGCCUGGGAUGCUGCUAGCAAUAAACGGUGAUGGAGAGAGGCCAGGAGUAGCACCUGACUGGGACUCUGCACACUGCCUUCCUGUUUGCUGUGCUCUGCCCUCCUUUGUGCACUCGGACCUGGGAUUUUGUUACUUCUUCCCCUGGACCACCUGGAGCAGAGAGACAGUUUAGAAGCCAGGCCACUGAUGCGGGUGGCCAAUGCAACUGAGAGGGUCAAAACUGAAAACCUGCGUGCAAGAAAGACCCAAAAAAGGGAACCACUGGGACCAACUCUACCUUGCUGUCACCAUGCAGCAGUGUGGACCUAGUGUUGCCAGAUCUUCUUAUUUGUCAAAAGGAACUGGAAUUCUGGAUUCUUAAAUGACAUCAAGUCAUUUUUAAAUAAUAGCAAACUAAUUGAAAUUUUAAAGAAAUAUGGCAGGCCAAACAAAUGUGUUUUGGACCACCAGUUUGUCACCGAUGGCUGAGGGGAAGGGGAUGGUGCAAAAGAUGACACCUCUCUUGGAGUUGGAUCAGGCCUGGGAUGAUCAGGCCAGGGGAGGCUUAGGUGGGAAAGAAGCCAAAGGACAAGGCUCCUGCCACCUCCCACAGCCCUCGGCAGUCUGACCACUGCCAGGCUCUGGUGGACUCCAGCUCUGGAAGGGGGCUCCAUCCUGCCUCACUGAGAAGGACAGAAAUAGAACCAUAGGACUGGACUUAGGGCAGGCAGGGUGCUUCAACAAUGACGGUCAUGGCUUGAGGGAGGGAGGACCAUGUUUCUGAGGUGGAGGAAGAAUAAGGAAAAUAGAAUCCUGGAGUGUUGCCACAGCAUGAUGGGGAGGCUGCAAAAUCACCGAAUGCCAAGGAGAAGGGAAGGGAGGGGAGCUGAGGGAGACCAUGAAUUGGGGAGUGGCCUUGGAGGAACCAUCUGGAGGGAAGCCCAGGGGCCCAUGAGUGGGGAGCUAGGGGCCUUGCAAGGCAGACCACUCCUUUAAGGCAUCUGACUGCCUGAGACUUGGGGCAAAGUCAGAGGAGAAGGGAACCAGUUAAGACUGGUUUAACAGUAAACAGAACACCUGAAGUGAUGGAGGUUUCAGAGUUCCGGAGGGUGGAUUCAACAGCUCUGCUCCAAAGACUCCUCCUCUGAGGGUGCUAUCAGGGCCGCUAUGACCAGUUGUGUGUACACAACUGAACCUAAGCCAAGAGAUUUAAGCAAAGAUGAAUGGAGUGACGCUUCAGGCUCCAUGUAAUGUUUAGAUGCACAACAGAGGGUCCAUGUGAUCCUAAAUUGACCUUGCCUGGUGAUUGUCACUCACACAGUGAGGAGCAAACAAGCGGCCGUUAUGGUGCAGGGGUGGUAGGAGGGACUUCCUCAACUUGAAGCCCAGGAGAGGGGAUGGUGUACUUUACUUAGGCCAGUCUCUAGACAGCAGUGGCUAUAUCAUCUUGGAUUUAUGUCACCUGGGGACAGAACACCAGCCUCUUGCAGUUGGUGGGAAUGGACAUGGCAGCCAAGCCCCCAGUUCUGUACUCACCUGACACGCAGCAAGACCUAGAAAAAUGGGGGCUCCUUCCUUUCCACCCGUACCAGGGGAGUGGAAGGAGCAGGAGAAAAGCAGGUCAGGCUGACCAGCCCAGGCACCACUCCAACCCCAUGCCCCCACUCUCCCCCAUGACUGCUGCACCACCUCCAUCAUCCAGGUGCCUGUAAGUACCCAGGCUGGGCCUGAGGCAGCCUGAAUCUGCAGCUUCCCAGUGCCCCAGCCCAGGCCUCUGCUGGGCCACUCCAGGAGUGGGGGAGAGGGCUGAGCAGUGGUUGGCAAGGGGGAAAAGCAGAUGGAUCCUCACUUCCCCAGCACCUUGGUUGCCUCCUCCAUGGAGCAGAACUAACAUCCCCAUCUCGCUGGCCAAGGCGUGGAUGAAAUGAACCCAGGAGGUAGGAUCACCUGGCACAGUGCUUGGCCAAUGUGGUUGUAAUAAUAACGAGCACUUACUGAGCAUUUGCCACCUACAACAUUCCUUAGGUUGCAUUAUUUCACGAGGCCUCUCUACCUGAGAGCUAGGUCCCAUUUUAGAGAUGAAGACAGUGAAGCACAGAGAGGUAAGUAGCUUGCCCAAGGUCAAAGAGCUGAUACCUGGGGGAGCUUGCGAUUUGGACCACUAGAUUCUGCCUUAAGAGCCAGGUUCCUUCAUGCCCAGCCUGGAUGGCAGGUGCCUGUUCCAGAGGUUCCUUCCCUUCCAGGCCCUCCUCCCCAGCUGGAAAGGGCCAGUGGAAUGGCUGGCCAAUAUUGUCUGGUGUCCCUUCCACCUGUGGGACAAAAGUAGGACCUCUUCCCCAUGCCUCUGCCUGGAAUAUCGGAUCUGUCAGCUGGAGAGGUCCCAUGAAGCAUCAGUGGGACCCAGAGCAUGGCACUGUGCCUGAUGAAUGUACAAGGUGCUUGGGGAAGGCCUCCCCAAGGAAGCCAGGUCUCAGUGGUGGUGUCAGUUUGCAGUCAGAACGGGAAGGGUCCCUGAGGGAUCAGCAGGUGCAAGGCAGUGACCCAAGAAAGCAUGGUAUGUUUGGGGACCUAGGAGCAGUUCAGGGUGUCUCUGGUACCCCAGUAAAGUGCAGGAGUUGGGGGAGGUGGGCCGCAGAGGGAAGGUUAGGAUGAUCCAUAAGGAUCUGUGACUGCCACGCUGAGCAACUUAUACUUUCCUCUGUGGGUGCAGGGAUUUUGAGCAGGGAGAGACACACCAUUAGAUCUUUAUUACAGAAAGAUCCUUGAGCGCAGGACCCAGGUGGACCACAGGACAGAAUCCGGAAGAGGGAGAGAGCCCAGGCCAGCAAGAUGAUGAAGCUAGAAAGAGGCAACAAGUGGGAAGAAGGGGGGGUCUGCUGAGUCCCUAAGGUCUGCAGAAGCCAGAUGGAUGGCUACCAUUGAGCCUUCCUCCACAGAGGGUCAGCUUCCCAAAAGGCCAACUGGAUAUACAUGGUCUUUUUGCCAUCUCAGCCUUCAUGCCUUGAGAACAUGUUUUUAAACGACAAAAAAACCAAAGGAAGAAACUUUUACUUUCAGCUUCAACAUGUAAAAGGGCUUGAAAGUCAUCAUUCCCAUCCUCACAAGAAAAAAAACUCAACAAAUUAAAAAGCAACUUCUCUCAGACCUCUCAGAGAACUGACGUUGCAAGGCAAACUGCCAACCCCAGAUCCGAAGAGACAGUCACAUACAGUCACAGCCCAGGUGUGGAGGCUGCUGGAGUGACAAACUGCUGAGAAUACUUAAAUGGUAAUUCGGACAAAUUGAUGGAGGCUGAGUGUGGCGAAGAGCCAAGAAAACUCCUCCUGUCUCUAGCAGGGGGAGGGGCAAAUAAUCAUUUAAAAGCAUGCCCAGAACAGCCUCCCUGACAAAAGCCUACUCCCCAAGUAAAAAGACUACGAGAGCCUUAUCUCACCUAGGAGGUAGCAAAAUCACCUACCUCCGGUUCCUCCUUUCUGCCUCAUCUAAGGUGAGGUCAAGGUAAGAGAGAACCUGCGAAGAUCGCAGCCCAGGGAUACAGACCCGCUAAAAGACUGAUAUUUCAUCAUAAAAUUAUAAAAUGCUUCCCUUUCCCUAAACCUUACCAUCUGGUCAGCAAGCCUCCAGUAUAUCAACAGUGGAUUAUAGCUGAAAGAGCUUCAAGGCAGAGAUUGUAUUUAAAUUCUUGGGGAAAUUCACGGACAAUUAAGGAGAAAAAGAAUCUAGGACACUAGAGGAAUUACAGCCAUCAGCACCUAAAUGUCUAAUAAACAUUGAGCCAGCCCAACUCCUAGCCAGACUAACACCAAACCACAUGUUAAAGAUCCAUUUAUAUCGGUCCCUUUGCCAAAUAAAUCAUGUAUUACAAGCCAUGCUAAAAGGCAUGAAAAAAAUGGACUUAAGAGAUACAAGAAUCAAUCAAACUCAGGAAUGACACCAAUUUUGGAAUGAUCAGACAGGAAAUACUUUAAAAUAAUUACGACUAGUGUGUUUAGAGCUUGUGAUAUUAUUAUUUAUAAGAAAUACAUAUUUGCUCAUUCAGAUCACCAAAAUAUAUUUAGUCUUUACCCACAGUUCACAGCUUCCAAAACCCUUGGUGUUUCCUGAGUAAUCAGUGCAAUGGAAGCAUGUUUUAUUAAAAUGUUUGGUCUCUUGUUGUCAGUUUCUGAAAUCACUUCAGAGCCAAAAAAGUGAAUUGGGUGUCUUGUAAUUUGUAACAAUUCCUUCCCACCACAACUGGCUUUAUGAAUUGUGACUUUUGAAAAGUAAAAUUACAAAAUUAGUCAUAUUGUGCUGAUCACAAAGGCAUGGCUGCCAAGAGGUGACCAAAAGAGUAUUCAGCUAGAAGUUAAGAAAAGCAUUAUAGAGGUUUCACAGGCAAAUAACUCAUAAAGUAUUUGGUUAUUUCUCUGGGUGUUGUAAAUUUUGUUGUCCAUAUCAGGUUCUUAAAACUUACAUUGAUAUUUAUUUUCUCAUUCUAAGUAAAUUUUCACUAUCAAAAAAAUUAGCUUAGAUGGACAUUGAAAUUUAUUGUAACUAUAUUCCAUUUUUUCAAAAAGUUAAGUACCUUUAAAUUUCAGACACUUGGGUCCACUAGUGAGCUGUAUCUACCCCCUCAACUGCACUUAACAUCCUCCUCAGAUAAUUUACCUAGUAAGAUGAUUUCAUUUUCAGUCUGAGAUCCAGUCUCUACUCUUUCUUUUUCUUUAUACAUAACUUCUUCAAAUGCUUGACUCUAAGUUUUGGGUCUUAUUUUAUUGAUACUGUAAUUUUCUUUUAAUAAUAGUCAAAACUG